UUCCGCAUAUGAAUUGAAAUCAACGAAGGCCGAGUAUAUAAUGACUAAGAGUCCAGUAAUGCGAAUACGUAACGUAAGCUUAAAUAUGUUCCAUUUCUAUCAAGUUAUCGCGUUGUUUUUGUUGACAAUUGUAUCAAAAGUGCACAUGGAAACAAACGACGUCAAAUGCGAGAAUGCAACGAAGAUAUGCGAAAACAUUUGGUAUUGCAAGAACAAUUCGUAUCCUGAUAAAUACAAAGCAUGCGGCCACGACGAUUUAGUGGACAGAGUUUGCUGCGAUCCCGAAUACCCACCAACCAAAAGCAGGAAAUAUUGCGAUUCAAUGCACAAAAAGGUUGUAUUCGAUGAGUACGGCAACCAAGAUUAUAGCUCUAUAAUACCUGCGAGUUAUAACACUCCAAGCAUUGCUGCUUUAGGUCAUCGUAAUGAGUCUUCGACAAGUUGGGUGUGUGUUGGGAGUUUGAUUAAUAACAAAUACGUAUUGACUGCAGCUAAAUGCUUUAAUAACCAAACCAUAAAUAUUGUUCGUUUAGCUGAUAUGGAUUUGAACAAAAAUGAUAAUGAUGCUAAUACUCAGGAAUAUGGAGUGCUAAGACAUAUCAUUCAUUCAAAAUAUAAAUAUCCUUUUGCAUACAACGACAUCGCGGUCAUUGAAUUGAAUGACACUGUUACAUUCACAAAAUUCGUAAGUCCUAUUUGCGUUUACGAUGAUGCGAAAAUAAGGGAACCACUGUGGAAAGAAGUUGGAUACAAACAUUUAAUCUACAGAUUAAUACAGGUGCUGAGGCUAAGAAGUCGCGCGUGCAAUCUCUACUUUGACAACGAUAAGUUUGCUAAUCUCGUACCUUUCGGAUUAGACCCAGAUACACAGAUUUGUGCUAGCUCCCCUUCGUACCAUGACACAUGUCAGUCGCAACUUGGAGCACAGUUGCAAACUUUCGAUCUAAAUUACGUCGGUGCUACAUUUCUUAUAGGAAUAACGACGAUUCCUAAACCAUGCAGCUACACCAACGAACCCGGUCUUUACACAAGAGUUUCCCAUUACGCUCCGUGGAUAGAGUCUAUCGCAUUUCCAGAUGAUUAA